AUGGAAAAGAAGACGCGACUCCGCUUCUUCUACCACGAUAUUCCCAGUGGCAAAAAUCCUACUACGGUCCUGUUAGCUGAGGCCAACAUCACCCAGAAUUUCUUUUCCCCAUCCCCAUACAGCAGCUUGUAUGCAAUGGAUGAUCCCCUCACUAUAGGGCCUGAACGAACAUCCACCACCAUCGGAAAUGCUCAAGGGUUCUACAUAGCAUUAAGUAGAGAUCCUAACAAGUUCACUGCAGUUUUUUACUACUGGCAGGUUCAAUGGAAGCUCCUUCAGUUUGUUCUCACGAUAUCCUCCCACUGA